AUGGAGGGAGCCGCACUCUUGAAGAUGGAACUGCCGGUUAACCGCGCCUUGAGUGCCCGCUACGAUGCCCUGAUCGCAUCCGGUGAAAUCAAGGAAGAUCCCGUUCAGCGGGAAGCCGUCCGGCAUCUUGACCUGCUCAACACCCGGCUUGCGGAAACCCGGCUUGCUUCGAAGAAAAGCUCGCUCGGCUGGUUGUUCGCCAAGAAGAAGAACCAGUUGUGGUCUGCGGUGAAGGGCCUUUACAUGUGGGGUGGCGUCGGCCGGGGCAAGACCAUGCUGAUGGACCUGUAUUACGAGGUGACCGUCAUCCAGCGGAAGCGCCGGGUCCAUUUUCACGAAUUCAUGACGGAUGUACACGAGCGCAUCCAUGAACAUCGGCAGGCUCACAAACGCGGUGAGGUCAAGGGGGAUGACCCCAUACUUCCGGUGGCCAACCAGAUUGCUGCCGAAACCAGGCUGUUGCUUUUCGACGAGUUUUCCGUGACGGAUAUCGCCGACGCAAUGAUCCUGGGCCGCCUGUUCACUCAGCUAUUUGAAAAGGGCGUGAUUGUUGUCGCGACCUCCAAUGUCAAUCCGUCGAACCUUUACAAGGACGGACUGAACCGUCAGCUCUUCAUUCCCUUCAUCACCAUGCUGAAGUCGCAGGUCGAGGUUCUUCACCUGGACUCGCCGACCGACUACCGGCUGGAAAAGCUGGCAGGAGCCCCGGUCUAUGUAACGCCGCUGGGACAGCAGGCGGACACGGAGAUGGAUCGCCUCUGGACAAAGCUGACGCACGGUAUGAAAUCGCAUGCCGAAGAACUUGAAAACAAGGGACGGAAAAUUCCGGUUCCCUGUGUUGCGUCCGGUGCGGCCCGGUUCAGCUUUGACAACCUGUGCAUGCAGCCCCUGGGCGCAAGCGACUAUCUUCGGAUCGCCAAUGCGUACAGCACGGUUUUCAUCGAGGACAUCCCGGUCCUGUCGAAGGCACGUCGGAACGAGGCCAAACGUUUCAUCAACCUGAUCGACACGCUUUACGAUAACGGCAUCAGGAUUGUGGUAUCCGCUGAGGCGGAACCCCAGGAACUUUACACGUCGGAAGAUGGCACGGAAGCUUUCGAGUUCGACCGGACGAGCUCGCGUUUGAUCGAAAUGCGCUCCGAAGCCUACCUUGCGGGUGAGAGACGGGAAAUACACGCUUAG